AUGGCUCCCAUUACGCAUGUUGUCCUGUUCGAAUUCAAGCCCGAGGUCGACAAGACCGAGCGCGACGAGCUCAGCGCUGAGAUGCUUGGCCUCAAAGACAAGUGUCUACACGCUACGACGCAGAAGCCGUACAUCAUUCGCUCGUCUGGCGGCACCGACAAUAGCAUCGAGGGCAUGCAGCACGGAGUCACUCACGCCUUUGUCGUUGAAUUUGCCUCCGCCGAGGACCGUCAGUACUAUGUCAAAGAGGACCCAGUGCACAUUGCCUUUGUCAAAAAGGUCUUUCCCAGGCUCGCCAAGCCCUACAUUAUUGAUUUCACCCCUGGCGAAUUCAACUAG